GCCACGGGCGCCUCGCUGGUUCUGCCCGGCACGCAAGCAGAUGGCCUGCAGGUGAGCGGGAAGGCCAGAGGCGUUCAGGACGAGGAAGGCCUGGCCUCCCAGCCAGAGCACCGCUGCCGCCGCAGCCGGCACCCUUUACCAUCAGGCCAGAGGAGGUCGCGCUCUGUGCUCCAGCUGGUGGACUUGCCUCGUACGGUGCCGCACAGGGCGGAGGCGGGGGCGCGGGUAACGGAGGAGGCCGCCAGCCUCGCGCGUGUACGCCAGGAGCAUCGCCAUGCGGUGCCCAGCGCUGGCUCUCGGUCAAGCGGCGCGGUCGAGCCCAGCGAAAACCAGAGGGGCAUGAAGCCUGGGCCAUUCGCCAAGGACGGCAGCCUCGCGUCGACAAUCAACAGCGUGCCGCGCCCGGAGAAGCGCGCAGGUCUGGCGCACCUGGACCCGGCGAUGCUCGUCGGCCCCGCGGCGCAGCCCGCACGCGACGGCGGCCCCGCCGCCGGCGGGCAGGCGCUGCUCCGCGAGCCACAGUCGGAGCCCCACGGGGCAGCCGCGGCCGCCCGCGGCGCGCCCGCAGGCGGCUCGCCGCCCACCUCGGAGCGCCGGAGGCCUGCGGACCUGCCCCGGGAGCCCCUCACGACGCUGCAGCGCUUCCGCCUGCUCUGCGCGGGCGAGGCGGAGCCCGGCAGCGGCAGCCGCGGCAGCGGCAGCUGCAGGGAGCCCCGCCCUGCUGCUCGCGCGCCUGCCGGCGAGCGGGCCGCCCUGGCCGGCGCGGGCGGCGCGGUCGCGGGCCGCCGCAUACGGGAGGCGCUGCGCAGGCGCAGGCGCAGGCGCAGGCUCGACAGCUGGCCGGGAGCUCGUCGGCCGCAGAGUGCCCGCCCCCGGCGUGCGGGCGUGCGGGGUCCGUGCCGCGCAGGGGCUCGGGCGUCGCCGGCCGGGUGCGGGACGCUGUGCAGGGAAGGGAGCCACCGCAGGCACGAGCCAGCGGUGUUGGCACGGAGCGGCCACCAUCGCCGAAGCCCAAGGAGCCCAAUGAUGAGAUCCGCCGAGGGUCGCCCGCUGGUAACUCUAGAGGCCCGCUGGUGAUGGGCAGGUACACCAUGUUCAUGGAAGACGACGCUUUCAUGGGCGAGGGCACCUCGAGCAUAUGCCGACGGGGACUGGACACCUGGACGCAGAGGACGGUGGCGAUCAAGGCUUACAAGAUGAAGACGCCCUGUGAAAAGGUGGCGCUAGUCAAGUUCAGGAGGCAGAUCCACGUGCUGGAAGAGCUGAAACGGCCCUUCGAGACGCCGGACGAUCCCAGAUUACGCUUCAAGGAUCUGGCCUCGAUAGGACCUGAGCAAGUCUUCAUGCAGUUGCUCGACUACUCGAGGGACGCGCAGGGGCGGCCUGGGCCUGACCCCUCCGACGGCCAGCUGUAUGUCAUCACCGAGAUCGCGCAGUUCAGCCUGAAGGACCUCAUCAAGACACGGAAGGAGGAGAACCGGCCCAUGUCCAAGGAGACUGUGCGCUGCCUCGUGAGAUCCAUCAUGCUGGUGGCAGCCGGCCUGCACGCCAAAGGCCUGGUGCACUUGGACAUUAAACCUGAGAAUCUGAUGAUAUUCGACGGCGUUCUCAAGCUGAUCGACGUGGACGGCUGCAUCAAAAUCGGCACCUCCAUCUCGCUCGAUGACGAGUCCCUGUCCUUCUCCCCGGUGUACUGCUCCCCCGAAUGGGCGAGUUUCUUGACAGGGGAGGAAGGUGAGGAGACGGUCCUGACCGCGUCCCCCGCUCUAGACGCAUGGAGCAUCGGCAUGACGUUGAUGGAGCUCGUCGCACUUGAACCAGUGCUGAGGCCGAAAUACGUAAGCUUCUUCAGGCAUGGGCGCGAGCGGGAGGAGGCGAACUUCUUGUUCUUCGAGUGGCUUGGCAGCCUGCAGCAGGCGCCGCUGCCCCAGCAGAUCAGGAAGCACGACUCAGAUCUCCAGUCGCUGCUGUACGAGAACUUGCUUGUCUGCGACCCCCGGAGGAGGAAAAGCCUGGCGGAGAGUCUCAGCCACCCCUUUGUGGCGGCCCAGCCCGGGCUGAGCAGAUGCGCAGCGGUGCCCCUCGCUGAGCUUACUUCUUCCCAGGGGGUUGCGCGGCACCGCCGCAGCCGUGUGGAGGACAAGUCCACGAGGUACAUCUUGAAGGGGGUCCUUUGGAAGCUGAACAACGAUGGAGAUCCGAAGGACGCCUCUCACUGGCGGCAGCGCGAUAUAUGGGUCUCCAGCGGUGGCGCGCUGUGCUACUUUAGUCUGAAAGACAAGAAGCGCUUAAGGCUAAUGGAUGCGCCAGUGCUCCACGAGGCGACCGUGACCAGGUUCGAGGGAUGCGCCAUAGAGCACGCCUUUCAGGUGUGCUCGCCCCACCAGAGCUUGUACUUUGCGCCCGAGUCAGAAGAAAUGCGAGCCAAGUGGAUGGAGGUCUUGGGUCAAAUGAAUAGCGACGUGAUACAGACGGUGCGCUUCGGCGACACAUUGGCCACAGAUCUGAGGCGGUACCGGCUGAAGGUGCGCAACCGCAGGAAGGCCCUGGACGAGAAGAUGAUUUCCGCUGGGUGCUACAAGCCCAGGUUCACAGGCUUCCUCUGGAAGCUCAAGACGGACGGGGACGUCGACGUCGAGGGUGACUGGAUCAAGCGGGAGAUGUGGCUGUCGGAGAAUGGCAGCCUGGUGUACCUGAGCGCCAAGGAGGACCGGGAGCUGGUCUACUACACGGCCGCCGACGUUGCGCUCGCGACGGCGAUCGCCGUGUCGGCGACGCCCUCUGCCUGCCCGCCCGAGUCCUGGCGCUUCCAGGUGCGGCUGGCGCCCUGCGGGGACCUGGACCUGCAGCCCGGAGAGUUCGCGGCGGAGACCGAGGAGCGCCGAGAGGCGUGGCUGGAGGAGUUCGGUCGUUGCCGCUGCUGA